GCUCCGGGUCCAACUGCCAAGAGACCUCGCCGCUGGGGAACUGAGCAAAAGGAGGAAUACCUCUGCUCAGCCGCGCACACUUGAUCCCCCUCCCAAUCAAAUCACCUCUCUCCCCCCUCUCUCUCUCUGUCUGCCCCUCGCCGCGCCCCUCUCUCCUCCCCCGCCGAUCCCGCGCGGCUACCGGAGGCCCGGCUGCGGCGGCGACGAGGCGGCAGGCGAUGACAUCGACCCCGCAGCCUCCCCGCGAUCGCGCGCACGCCGCCCCGCCCGCGCAGGACCUCACCGGCCUCGGCCUCGCGGCCGCGAGGUCCCUCCGCCACCGCCCACCUCGCCAAGGGUCGAUGCCUUCAGGUUCUGUGGAGCACCAGACCAUUUCAGGCUCACUGAUCCACUCAAUGAUUCAGUUCUGCGGAGCACCAGAGUACUUCAUGUUCAAUGAUCCGCAGCCGGUGAUCCCACACCAUGUGGCCGCGGAACCCAGUCACAAUGCUCCCGUGGCCACCCUCUCCAGGGCCACCAACACAGAGACUGACAACCCCGAAGACUGGGAGUUCAUCUCGGAUGAGUCGCUCAACUACAUCAGCCGGAUGCUCAUGGAGGAGGACAUUGAUGAGAAGGUCAGCGUGUACCAGGAGGAGUCAGCCACUCUCCGUGCUACCGCAAAGCCCUUCUAUGACAUCCUUGGGCACAAGUUCCCGCCGUCCCCUGACCGCACGCUCACGACUUGGUCCCUGGACAGCCCCAGUGAGAGCAGCAGCAGCGGUCAUGCCCAGUCCUUGUCCAGUGUGGGUACUAGCGGCAGCAUCGGUGGUGCGGUUCAUAGCAACCAGUGCCAUAAUGUUGGACACUCUGAGCAGCUGGAAGCUUAUCGCGGCUUGUGUGGCCGAUCUUCUCAGCCACUGGUUGCCCCACCAAGUGGUGUUUCUGAUGCAGCAGAGUCACUAGAAGAUCCUUUGAUCACCAACGGCAGGAUCCCCGAGUAUUUGUUCGAGAGCCUUCCAACUUGGGAUUUCAGGAGAGGUGUCGAGGAAGCACAGAAGUUUCUCCCUGGUGGUGAUAAGCUAGUGAUUGAUUUAGAAGCUGCUGGUGUCUCAAAGCCUCAAGAAGCAGUGAAAGACAUUCCUUUCAAUGUGAGCAGGACAGAGGUCUUGAAGGCCAAGAAAAACAGACAGAGCGAAGAUCUUGACUUGAUAGAAGGACGGAACAUUAAACAAUCUGCAUUCUGUUCCGAUGAGCCUGAUGAUUGGGUUGAGAUGUUUGAUGAUUUGUUUCGUCAAACUGAAAAAAAGGCUACAGUUCUGCGAGAAAAGAUGCGCAGCGAAGCUUCCAAGAAUUCUCAGGUCAUUCAAACGAAAGGAACAACUGGGGUGAAGACACGGGGCAGGAAGCCGACUAAAAAUGAUGUGGUGGACCUUAGGACCAUCCUCAUCCACUGUGCACAGGCAGUGGCAGCUGAUGACCGCCGAACUGCUAAUGAGUUGCUAAAGCAAAUAAAACAGCAUUCCAAGGUAAAUGGGGAUGGCAGCCAGAGGCUGGCGUUUUGCUUUGCACAGGGUCUCGAGGCUCGCUUGGCUGGCACAGGGAGCCAGCAGUACCAUAGGCUUGUAGCAAAGCGGACAACCGCGUCCGACAUGCUUAAGGCGUACCAUCUUUACUUUGCAGCAUGCCCAUUCAAGAGGCUCUCACAUUUCCUCUCCAAUCAAACAAUCUUGAGCAUGACAAAAAAUGCAAAGAAGGUGCACAUAAUUGACUUCGGCAUUUAUUUUGGCCUCCAAUGGCCAUGCCUCAUCAGGCGUCUCUCCAAGAGGGAAGGUGGUCCACCAAUUCUUCGCAUCACGGGAAUUGAUGUACCCGAGCCCGGUUUCCGCCCUACCGAGCGCAUCGAAGAGACGGGACAGAGGCUUGCAGAGUAUGCCAAGAAGUUUGAGGUGCCUUUUGAGUACCAUGGCAUAGCAUCAAAGUGGGAAACCAUCCGUGCUGAGGAUCUCAAGGUUGGCAAAGACGAAGUGGUGAUUGUUAAUUGCCUGUACCGUUUCAGAAAUCUUAUUGACGAAACAGUGGCUGUAGACAGCCCUAGGAAUAGGGUGCUCAACACUAUAAGGCAAGUGAAUCCAGCAAUUUUCAUCCAUGGGAUUGUGAAUGGGUCAUACAGUGUUCCUUUCUUCAUCACACGUUUCCGUGAGGCAUUGUUCCAUUUCUCUGCAUUGUUUGACAUGCUUGAGGCAACUGUGCCGCGGGAUGAUGACCAGCGUAGGCUCAUAGAGAGGGAUCUCUUUGGCCGAGAGGCACUCAAUGUGAUUGCAUGUGAGGGCUCAGACAGAGUCGAGAGGCCAGAGACAUAUAAACAGUGGCAAGUCAGGAACCUGAGGGCUGGAUUUGUUCAGUCUCCGCUAAACCAGGACAUUGUGAUAAAAGCCAAAGACAAAGUGAAAGAUAUAUAUCACAAAGAUUUUGUCAUAGACGAAGACAGUGGAUGGCUCCUCCAAGGGUGGAAAGGAAGGAUAAUUUAUGCUAUAACUACAUGGAAGCAUAAUAACAGUUAGGUUCUUCGUCUGCAUGUCUCUUACACCAUUGUUGAAGGCAGAGCUUGGCCAAGUCACCAGUAUUCCAAGGAAUUGGCUUGAAGAAUGACAGGACUCUUGUCACACUGCACUGGAUUAAUGUGGGUGCUUGUAUACGAAUUCAGUGUAGUUGCAUCUAUGACUAUGUAGCCACUAGCCAGUACUAAGAUAACCUAGAGGAAAGGAGCAGUGGUUGAGCUCUCCCUUGGCCAUGGUACUGUUACUUUAUUUAAUUCCUACUUUUCUUCAUUCUAGUUACUUCUACGACCAUCCUAAUUAGCAGUAACCAAAUCACAGCUUCUAUAUUAGUUAAUAAGUUAAUCAAGUGCCCAGUAUCAUAAGGUUUUUACUUUUGACUUCCUUGAGUGUAUGAUAUCUAUGCUAAUAAGAAUGAGUUUGGGUUCGGCAUCAUCAA